GAUGCCACGUGACGUGCCCUAACAGCCCGGAUGGGACGCCCGCGCGUGCGCAGUGGCCGCUGUCGUGAUCCUGCACCCACGAAGGGCGGCUGGAGACCUCUUUGUCGCGUGAGGUCCCGCCCGGAGGCAGUGGGCUUCCAGGCCCCCAGGAUCUUGACUAGAAUCUGCGUGGGAUCGGGAAGGGCGGUGCCAUCCCCAUUACUCAACCCUCUUCGCCUCCAGUCCCCUCCCCUCAGCGGAUAAACAAACACCAUCGCGUGACUUUAAUGACUUCAAAGCAGCUUCACCAACUUCAAAGUUGCUUCUUCCUUCUUGGAGCGUCCGCCCUCUUUCUCCCCAAAAUCUCUCAGCCGCAAAUUGGUUGGAAGGCGUGUUUGAAAAUAAAACAUCCAGGCUCUGUUUACUUCGGGGAGACCUGUUUAUUGAGGCUUCAUAUCUUUUGAGAUCAUUUAAUUGCUGGAGUAACCCUACAGAAUACAGUAUGUAUUCGAGUUUUACAGUUUCAAACUUCUAAGGGGGCGUAAAGAGUCAACAGAUUCCCUCCCACCUUGUUCACAGUUCUCCCACCGGGUGGCGGCUGACAGAGCGAUGGACCUGACUGGGCUCCUACUGGACGAAGAAGGCGCCUUCUCCCUCACCGGUUUCCAAGACUUCAUGGUCCUUCCGGGACACCAAAAGCUAAGCGCUCGAAUUCGAAGGAGACUCUAUUAUGGCUGGGACUUGGAGACAGACUGCAACCUGGAGGAGCUCUCCAGCCCUGUGGCAGACAUUACUGUGGAACUUCUUCAGAAGGCAGCACCCAGUCCUAUUCGUCGCCUCCAGAAAAAAUAUGUAGCCCACGUGUCCCGAGAGGCUUGUAUCUCCCCUUGUGCUAUGAUGUUAGCUCUGGUGUACAUUGAGCGGCUCCGGCACCGGAACCCAGAUUAUCUGCAGCACGUGUCGUCUUCUGAUUUGUUUCUGAUCUCCAUGAUGGUGGCUAGUAAAUACCUUUAUGAUGAAGGGGAGGAAGAGGAGGUCUUCAAUGACGAAUGGGGAACAGCUGGGGGAGUUGCUGUGGCCACCCUCAAUGCCUUGGAAAGGAGCUUCCUGAGUGCCAUGGAUUGGCGUCUCUACACUGAUCCUCGGGAGAUCUUUGAGGUGCUAAGUUGGCUGGAGAGCUGUGUGGCUGAGCAGCAGGGACGGCGGCGGGGCUGGUACACCUACACAGACCUGUGUGUGCUGCUAGAGCAGCCAACAUGGCAGCUGGUUCUGGGCUCCCUCUGCCAGCGGCUGGUAAAGCUGUCCUGCCUGUUAGCCGUGGCGUACGUGAGCAGCGUGGCUCUAGCUGUAGCAUCAGUGGCUGUAAUACACCAGUCCUUGGGGCUGUCCUCCAGCCCCUCACCAGGUCCUCCAGAACUCACACUGGUCUCCAAGAGCCUUGUGCAGCCCUGUGUACCUGUCCCUGUGUCACAGUGCCUGACUAAUGUCUCCAGCUGCCUGGAAGGCGAUGUAGACUUGCCUUCACUCUGGAGUAGUCUUCUGGCCCCAUUGACACCCCCUCUGAGACCUCCCCCAGACCCUCCUGCCCCUCCUACUCCUCUCCACAAAUGCCCCUUUUGCCAGAAGUUCCAGAGAAACCCCCCAAACUGCCGUGCCUGGCACACUAACCGUACGGUGUCUAUUGGGCCUUCCCGCCCCUUUCACCACACCCAUGGCCUGGCCCCACCUUGGUUCUGGAGCCCAGUGGCCCCUCCAUUUCUCCAGCCCCAGCAGUGUUCGCUUUUUAGUGUCAUGGAGCUGGCUCGUCUCAAGUCUGUCAUUUCCCCAGGCUAGGUACGGCUCUGAGGAGUGCUUUAAGAGGGUGUGGGAGUCCUUGAGAACCUGGAAGAGGAAAACUUGAUUUAGAUUUUUGCUACCUCUCUGGGCCCUUGGCUGGUCCCCUGUCCUCCUGGGUAGGAGCAUAAGGGAUUAUGGGGGCAGCACAAGGUCAUUCACUCUCCUAGACCUCAGAGUCUGGCUAGCAGGCUAGGACACCAGUGGUGCCUGGGACAGUGCCAGCUCAGUGACCAGAGGCAUGCCACAGAUGACAGAGAACCACCUAUAUCUCUCUGCCUCCACAAGCCCAGGGAAGUAGAUUUUUGCUUUGAAGUUUCCAAAGAUGGAAAAGUAAAGGUGGGAGGUGUGGGAAGUGGAGGAGGAGAGGACUGAUGUGGAUCUCUGUGAUGUCUCUGAGGCUGAGAACCACGAGGAGAGCUGCUGAGGGCCAGGAGGCUCCCUGUCACGGCCAAGAAUUGCUGGGUCCUCUAACUUGUCCCUUUGUCUUCCAACCGUAGCUUCUGCGCCAAGACUUCCCACUCUGCCUUUUUGGGUGUCCCCUUUACAGGCCACUCUGGGUGCCACUGCUUUGUAUCUGGGUUUUUCACGCUUUUAUAGAAUUGAGGUUUCAAUAAACAGUUUCUGUUGCAUGGCUUGG